AUGAAAGUGACAAACGAUAAGAUUGAAGAGUUCACAACUAAAAUGGCAAUCUUGGAAGGAAUUCAAGCAAAAAUGAAGGAGAUGGAAGAUAUUCAUCGUCGUCUGACUAAGGCGGAAGGUGCGCUUGACAGUAUCAAAGACAGCAUGGUUCGUCAAAAGGAAAAGAAAAAGAAGAAAUAGAGAGGAUAUAUAUUCGAUAUGUGAUAUGGCGAUAUGUGAUAAUAGGCGUAUGUGAUUUGUAGGUAGUAUUUGCGAUUUGUAAAAAUUCUCGCUUUAUAAAAGUUAUUCUUUCGUUAAAAAGUUUUUUUUCGUUUUUCGUUAUCACAGCUCUUUUUAGUUAUCCAUAGGUUGGGACGAGGGCUGAAAGUCCAAAGUGAACUAAAGUUAUAGUAUGGGUUGUAAAAGGGGUGCAAGAAGGGCCGAAAACCCCGAAGUGGC